AUUUAAAGAAUUUCUUUGCUUGAAGGCACUGAGCGACUAAUGGAUCUAAGCAAUUUAUUAAACAAUCAAAGAGACGAAAGUCUCACUCUAGCAGAUAUUCAGCGACUGUAUACCAACCAUAAUGCUGCUGAAACUUUAGACAAAAUCAGAUCUGUAACCAUUUACGAAUAUCCUACGGAUACAGCAGGCACUUUUACAUAUUUUGACAGUUUCAUACAGCUUAUACUCUCUUGCAAUGCACACGCUGACAAUAACGCACUUAGUACCAAGACGAUUAUCGUAGAUGCUUUACGCAAUUGCAUAAGCGGACUGAUGAGGAAACAUAAACUAAGCUGGCUAUUAGAGGCACCACAGUUUUUCGCCUCGAAAACGUGGCAUGAUUUACAAGAUAAUACUACCAUUCUAGUUUAUCUAUACGGUUUGGUGUUAGCAGCGCUCUUGAAUAAUCCGGAUCUACAAUGCUCUUCUACCAACGUAACACCGGCAGAAGUGGAAAAUCUCAUACAAGGAUUACUUUCCUUCUCACUAUCCAAUUCACCCGAAAUAAUAGCACAUCUUUGGCUCAAUUGCUGUUCUACCUUUGAUGAAGCAGAAACAAAUACAGUGUUGAAUACAACUAUAACAAUAAGAGCUUUUAUGAAAAAUAUGGAAAGGAACCUGCAGUCGCACAGAGUGUCAGAACAAGUGAUAUACGAGAUGUUCAAGAUAAUACAAACCUCAGAUAUAAGUGUAUUGAAUACAAAAAUUGAGCAGGAGUUAGGAAACGCGCUAGCACGUCCAGCUUUCACAAAAGAUGAUAUAGUCGUUGGCUAUAUGUGUCUUGACAAUAUUUGCAGAACGCAAGCAAACAACUAUGUACAUAUUGCUAGACUAUAUCAACAAUAUAAAAAUGCCAUAGGAUUGAAAAAAGAGUUAAAGGGUAGUUUAUCGAAUCCACUAUUGAGUGUUGACCUCUUAGCAAACACACCAAGUGACAAGUAUGCCCAAACUGAGGCCAUUCGGCAAGGAGUCAAAUUAUGGAUACAACAGAUGAGCACCCUCACGCCCCAAACAUUUGAUCAAUUUUUAAAAAUGGCGAUUCAACAGCAUUAUCCCACAGAAAGAAAGACUGUCUUGGACCUAGUUUUGGCAGAUUGGACACUACGAGAUCGCUUUGAUAGGCACUUGCCGCUCGUAUUAGACACAAUCGCUGCACAAAUGGAGGGAAAUGCUUUGAAUAAACCACAAGACUUCCCGCACAAUACAAAGAAGAAAAAUAGAAGAAACAAUAAGUUUAAGAAUAAGAACGACGAUUCUGCAUCAUCCGUUCCAAUGACCACGAGUAAAUACAACAGACGCAAUGCUCCUUAUUAUGCUUUUACUCAGCUGUUUGAUAUCCCUGAUGAACAAGAGUAUCAUCAGCAAGCUCAGAAGCGACAAUUGGAAGAAGGUCCAGAAGGAGAAUUAGCUCUUUUUGAUACUGCUCUUUCGUAUCAGAUCAGAUCAGGUGCUCUUAUUGAUCUAUCUCAAUUUACAGGCUCAUCAGACAUUCAAUUGAUGAAUGGUUGUUGCAAGUUGUUACAAAGGAUGACAAUAAGCGGUGCAAAACACUCACAGAUCAAGAAUUGGACUAUAGAUUGUCUGGAGUCAGCCAAUUCAGACAUUAUCAGAAACUAUACAGAAUGGUUAGUAUUCAACUUAGAGAGAAGUAUAGCAGAUAUAUCAGAUGGGAAGCAAGUUACGCAACCUUCAGUUUUACGCGAUUUUAUGAGAGCUCUAUUAAAAACUUGUUCCGCAUUUGCUUCUGAUAUUGUGCCUAUUAUUUUGGAGUCAUUCUCUGAGGAAAAUCUAAAAUGGUUACUGCAACAGCAACAGGAGCCUACAACUAUCAAGAUCAUUUUGAACUACUUUGAUGAUGGACCACAAGCUUCCAAAGAUGCUGUUGUAACCAAGUUACUGAAAACAAAGAGUAAAGCUUAUACGGAUUGCUUGCUUAGUUUCUUGAAAGAACAUAUGCCUGGUACUGACCCAAAGCAACCCAGAUCAAGAGCAUGGUUUCGAAACCAUUUUCUCGGGAAUAUCUUGAACCUAGCAGGACAAGACGUUAAAAACGGAAAUAGUGUAGCAUCUCGCAUCUUUCGUCAACUCUUCAAAACACGCAAUGACUUUGAAUGGUACUUCAGCACUCCCUUGGUUCCUUCAUCACAGUUUACGUUCAAAAGUGUAAGUCUCUCUACUUCUCAUGAAAUUUACUCCAUUAUGCACUCUGGGAUAGCAUUUCUUUUUCAAGAAAUGGUACAAUUGUUAGAUAACAGCAAAAAGCAGAAUCUUAUCGAUACAUGGAUGGAAUUGUGGACUGUGAAAUCAGGUGAUGACUGUUACAAAUUUACAGUUCCUGUGAGUUGGAUUUUGCAAUGUACAGGAUUUUAUGAUCAAGCUCCAGUGUUAGUGAAGCAAAUGCUUAAACAACUUGUGACUAUUGGCUUCCAACAAGAGGAAAAUAUUGAUUUAGAGCACGACCUUAUCUUACGAUCAGCAACAGACAGAAAGUUUCUAUACCGAAUAAUGGACCUCGUGUUAUUAUCUGAUACCCCAGACCCAGACAGUCUAUUCGAAUUGAUUCUGAGCACAGCUUCCCAACAAGCUAACUUUGAACAAAUGAUCAAUACAAUCAUUCAUACCAUGAUAGAACUAUCUGAAGAACUAGAGCUUGAAAUGUUGACGAAUAAUAUUCCUUUAAUAAACGCCAAACUGACGCGUUUAAAGAGUGGCAAUUACGAGGUUCAAAAGAAAAAACGUAAGAUAACACAACGUCGAUUACGCGUCAUUAUGCGGAAACAUAACGAAGAACUAGAAAAAUAUCUGCAAGACAUCAAUCAAUAUAAUAAUUCAAUGAAGGCCUUGACUACUUUGGCUCAGCGCAUUUUCAAUUUCUUGUUACGGUUACUAAAUAGUGCAUCCUCGCCUUCCAUCAUUGAUUCGACAGAUAGUAUUUUUCAGUUGAAACAUCAGUUUCAGCAGCAGCUUCUCAUGACUCCUUUGUUUUAUGAGCCUUUGGUUAAGUUAGCGAAGUUACUACGAGAGCCUCGAGAUUUACAAGAGGAUAUCCAAACGGUCAUAGAGUUAAGCUCGGAGUUUAUGAAAAAGCAAGCGGACAAGGAGUUAUAUGAAGCUUGCCAAAAGUUAUUGAUGAAUCAAUGAAAAAAAUGUUUAUACUGUACCGUGUCGCUGUCUCCUCAUAGUUAGUUCCUAUUGUAAUCUUUCUCGUUCUUUGCUAUUUGUUCUUUUUUUUUUUUUUUAUUU